AUGGCUACACAUUCAAUUCGGAAUUCCUCUCCGCAAUUGUCCUUCACUCAUGUUGCUAAUUUUAUCAACGAUGCUGUUGCUGAUAUUUCCGCUGUGGAUGCCAGUCAAUUGGCCGAAAUAAGACAGUUUUUGAAGGCUAAUAAGGCAAAUCUUAUUAAGGACCUGGAAACGGUAAAGGAGCAUGGGACUUCCUCUGGCGGCGACAACAAGUUACGCUUUACAAUUGCAAACAUAUUACAAAUAAACGUCGAUGAUGAUCCCUUCUUUGCUCAAUUUGAGGACCCUUGUCGUGCUGCGCAAUUCUUUAUUUCUGAGAGAUCUUCAAGACUCCACAUAUUAUACUCGCUUCUCGUUAACCCGGACAUUGACCUCGAUACAUAUUCCUUUAUUGACAAUGAUAGAUUCAACAUAGCAGCGAAAUUAAUCUCUUUAAUAUCAUCUGUAAUGCAGGACUACGACACGAUCACAGCUUCAGGCUUAGCACAGGGCUAUAACAACGAUGAAGACACUUUUACAAUUGUUUCGUUGGUGCAACUGAAAAAAUUUUCUGAUUUGAAGUUUGUCUUGCAAAUAUUGCAAAUUUUGAAUUUAAUGAUCCUGAAUACAAAAGUACCUAUAAAUAUCGUCAAUCAAUGGUUCCUACAGUAUCAAAAUCAUUUUGUUGAAUUUUGCAGAAAUAUAAAUUCUACGGACAAGACUAUAGAUACUUCGUCAUUACAAUUGUAUAAGUUUCAGAAUUUCCAAGACCUCAGCUACCUCUCAGAAACACUUGUUUCCAGAAUAUCAUCUUUAUUUACAAUCACAACUGCAUUGAUACUUGGGUUGAACACUUCAAUUGCACAAUUUGAUCUUCAGUCACCCUUGUACAUGGAUUCAAAGACUUUCCACAUUGUCAAUGCCGCUCUGGAAAAUGAUAUAGCAACCAAUAUCGUCAAUGAGGAUCCCGUUUUCCACCCAAUGAUCCAUUACUCUUGGUCGUUCAUACUCUACUAUAGGCAAGCAUUACAAUCGUCUGAAUCAUUUGACGAUUCAGACACAACGAAGUUUGCUCUAUUUGCUGAAUCACAUGACAUUUUCCAAGAAUUGAUUACUCUGUCAGAAGUCUUAUCCUUUGACCCCAUUUACACCACAGUAGUAACAGUAUUUUUGGAGUUUUCUUUAAACUUUAUUCCCAUAACUGCAUCUACUUCUCGUGUUUUCGCCAAGAUAAUUUCAAAGGCUCCAGAGCAGUUUAUUGAAAAUUUCUUAACGAAUGACACUUUUGAAGACAAAUUGAGCAUUAUAAAGGCUAAACUACCCCUAUUAAACGAAUCACUCAUCCCUUUAAUUAAUUUGGCCUUAAUCGAUACCGAAUUUGCCAAUUUCGAAUUAAAAGAUAUAUGUUCAUUUGCUAUCACAAAAAGCAGUCUGAACGAUCUAGAUUAUGAUUUAAUAGCUGAUACGAUAACAAACCCUUCUUCGUCCUCAGACAUCAUCAUACCUGAUUUGAUAGAGUUGAAGUCCGAUUUGCUAGUGACACCACCCUUAGAGAGAGAAAACUCUAAUUGCCUCUUGUCAAUACCGAAGUCAACAAAGGCAAAGAUUCUAACUAUCAAACGACAACAACAACAAAGUGCACAGCAGCCACCUACUGCUUCCAAUUUGGUUAUUUUCCUUUACAAAUACAACGGUUGGUCUUUGGUCGGCAGAAUAUUGCAAAAUCUAUUACAUUCGUACAUGGAAAAGGGCACGCAACUGGAUGACUUACAACAUGAAUUGAUGAUAUCCAUAAUCGGAUUAGUUACUAAUGUCGUCGAUCCUAAAACCCCAAUUGAAAAAUCUAGCGAAAUUCUGUCAUAUUUGUCAAACUCUCUAGACACUUCAACCAGUACUAUAAAUGGCGCGUCAAUUAUCCAAGUAAUCUUCGAGAUUUUUGAAAUAUCACUGCAGAGAAAAGAUUAUGCUUCAAUUGUACAAUGCUGCGAGUUUAUGACUAUGCUGACACCAAAUUACCUUCAUCUAGUCUCUUCUUAUUUGAACAAAUCGGAAUUAUUAGACAAAUAUGGCAAGACUGGUCUUUCCAAUAUGAUUCUUGGUUCGAUUGAAUUAUCCACAGGGGAUUAUACAUUCACUAUCCAGUUGCUCAAACUAACAAAAGUCUUUAUUCGAGAAUCUCUAUCAUUGAAAAAUAGCCAUGUUUCCAAAAGAAGUAAAAUAGAUAUUAUUAAUAAGUUGACUCUACAUGCGGUUCAUGUCUUUGAGAGUUAUUACAAUUGGAAGUUCAACAAUUUCUUACAGAAAUUCGAAAUUGGCUUCCAUUUGACUUCAAUUUUCUAUGAUGUACUUCAUGACGUUUUCACCAUAAAUCCAUAUCAAAAGAACCAAUUGAUUACUUCCUCCUCAGCAAAAAAAUUGUUGCAAUUAUUUUUAACUCCCAUGGAUUCUAUCGAUUUGGCUCCGAAUACUUUGAUGAAUAUUCUUGUUUCACCUUUGGAUACCACAACAAAAAUCUUAGGCGAUAAAAUUUUGGGAAAUUUAUAUACGAAGGUAAUGAGCAAUUCCUUUAAGUUGUGUAAGCUUUUGAUCUCUAUUCGAGGUAGCAACCACGAUUUAAAGCCAAGUAACUUGGAAAAAUUGCUUUUCAUAAAUUCAUCAAAAUUGGUUGACGUUUAUACUUUACCAAGUUAUGUUCACUUCAAAGUGCAAAUCAUAGAGCUAUUAAGCUAUUUGGUGGAGGCUCCUUGGAAUGACGAUUAUCCGUUUUUGUUGUCCUUCCUUGGUGAAAGAAAAUCGAUGACAUUUUUGAAAGAAGUCCUGUCGGACUUGAGUUCUCCAGUGCAAAACUGGGAUCUCCUGCGGAGUUUGUACAUUUUUUUCACAACUUUAUUGGAAAGUAAGCAGGAUGGGUUAUCUAUCCUUUUCUUAACAGGUCAAUUUGCAUCUAGUAAAAAAAAUAAUGACGAAGCCUCCAUUGACAAGAAAAAUUCAAUAUUAACUGUUUUGCAAAAGAAUUCCCUACUGUUAGAUUCAAUGCCUGAAGAAGUAAGUUGUAAGUUAUUAGAAACAAUAACAUAUGUUUUAAACACCUGGACAAAUUCUAAAAUCUUUAUAAAAGAUGUUAAAUUUGUGGAUUCCUUAUUGAAUAAGUUGAAGAACUCCAAAACUUUAUUCCAAAAAAAAGAGAGCUUGACACGUAAUGGAACUGUCUCUUUGAUCAAGAAAUACAAAUUGGUUUCAAGAAUUGUCGAAAUAUUUGCAUUGUAUAUUUAUAACUCAACUGAUUCAAACUCGAAAAUUUUAAAAUUUUUGAACCAGGAAGACUUAUUUGAAUUAGCCCAUCACUUCUUCCAAAUUGAUGGGUUCAAUAAAACGUUUCACGAUGAAUUGAAUCUAAAAUUUAGAGAGAAAUGGCCCAGUUUAGAGCUUCAGUCGUUCCAAAAGAUCCCCUUAUCCAGAAUAAACGAGAACGAGAAUUUCGGUUAUGAUAUUCCCUUAUUAGAUGUAGUUUUAAAAACUGACCGUAACUGGUACAAACCAACUACUGGUGAAACAAAUUUUAAGGAGGAAAUAACUGAUGCUUCAUUAAAUCUACAAUACGUCAAUUAUGAAAUAUCUACCGCAAAAGCUUGGGGCGCGCUAAUCACCACGUUUGUAAAGAGGAACACUACGCCGUUAAAUGAUGGUUUCGUUGAUUUGGUAGAACAUUUCCUAAAGCUAAAUAUUGAUUUCACUUCAGAUAAACAAAUGUUUACCCAAAUAUAUCUGGAGAGAAUCGAAUUGUCGUUUUACAUUUUAUAUUCAUUCAAAUUGUCAAGAAAGUCACUGAAGGAGACAAAGAUAAUUGAACUAAUGAACAAGAUUUUUACAGUUUUUAAAUCUGAUGAGGUUGAUUUUAUUAAAAAUAUUGGUAACUCAUCAAAAAAUAACUUUUAUAGGCCUCUUUUAAGGUCUGUUUUAAUUCUUCUCGAACUAGUCUCGUCAGGAGAUCGUUUCAUCGAAUUAGUAUCUGAUCAACUAUUGGAAUUUUUUGAAUUAGCAUUCAGUAAGGGUGUUUAUUUGAUACUGUCCGAAAUAUUAUGUCAGAUCAAUAAAUGUUCCACGAAGGGUUUAAGUGCAGAUCAUGCUACCCAAUUUAUCAAUUUGGAGGAUAAUACUCAGGAUUUACUGUUAUUAUUAUCACUGUUCAAAAGAAUUACCAAGUUGAAUCCUUCUAAAAAUUUCAAUGUUAUUCUAGCAUCAUCUUUAAAGGAAGUCGGAACUCUCAAAGUUAUAUUGAACCUAUAUUCAAGCGCACAUUUGGUAAGAAUUAAUGAUGAACCAAUUCUUGGGCAAAUUACUCUGACUUUCAUCUCUGAGUUGUGUUCAAUUGAGCAAAUUGCUGCAAAACUCAUCAAUAGCGGAUUGUAUAGUGUUCUGUUGGAAAGUCCAUUAUCUGUUGCAAUACAGCAAGGUGAUAUCAAGCCUGAAUUUUCACCUAGAUUGCACAACAUUUGGAGCAACGGUUUAUUAUCCAUUGUUCUAUUCUUAUUGAGUCAAUUUGGUAUCAAGGUUUUACCUGAGACAUGCCUCUUUGUUUCCUAUUUUGGAAAACAAAUAAGAUCCACAAUAUAUAAUUGGGGCGAUAACAAGUUAGCAGUAUCAAGUUCAUUGAUAAAGGAAACCAAUCAAUUGGUUUUGUUGCAGAAAAUGCUAAACUUGCUAAAUUAUCAAGAAUUGUUCAUCCAGCCUAAAAACUCCGAUGACGAAGAAGAAGCUGUGGAGUUGGUUAUUGGUUUAGAUUCUGAACAUGAUAAAAAAAAGUUAAGUGCCGCAUUAAGCAAGUUUCUAACGCAUCCAAAAUACCUGAAUUCAAGAAUAAUACCUACGACUUUAGAAGAGCAACAACAUUUGGAAGAUGAAUCAAGGAGAUUGGAGUUCGUCAAGGGUAUAAGUAGAGACAUUAAAACGUUGCAAGAUUCACUAUUCAAGGACGUCUGA